CUCGACUUUCAAUGUCGUGAUAUUCCAUUCAGUUCAACUUGACCAGUCACGCCCAGUUCACCUCGCGGACACAGAAGUUUCCUCUUCAUUCUCAUCCUCGCCCUCGCCCUCGCCCUCGUCCACUUACAACAAAACUUCCAUCGUCCCCACGCUCGCUUGACAAAGUCGUGCCUUACCAUAACAAUUGCGCAUAGUCAAAUUCAGAGAUUGGUAUCGAGCGCCAUGAACGGGGACAAUUAUUCGUCAAGAGACGGAGGCCACUCCAGGCGCCAUGAGAAAUAUGAUCGCGAUGAUCGAAGAGACCGAGACCGUGGUGAUAGGAAUCGCGAUCGUGGUGACCGUGGUGAUCGUGGUGACCGAAGACGUUCAAGAUCCCCACAUCACAGAUCCUCACGCCGCGACUAUGAACAAGAUACAUACUCGUCCAGUCGAGACUACCGCGCAAGAGAACGCGAAGACAGAUACUCCUCCCGGCGGGAUGACCGAGACUGGGAUCGAGGCGAUCGGAACCCCAGACGCCGCGACGAUGACCGCCCUCCUCGGCGUGAUCGUGACCUCUUUGAUGAUCGAAGAGGAGGUGGAGGACGUGACCGCGACCGCGGCGACCGUGAUCGUGGCGGACGAGAAGACCGUGACGAGUUCGCCGCCCAGGCUCGUGCAGGAGGUGGUCGCAAAGCUAGCCCACCUCCCAAAAAGAGGGAACCUACCCCCGAUCUCACCGAUAUUGUUUCCAUCCUUGAUCGCAAGCGGAGGUUGACGCAGUGGGAUAUCAAGCCUCCUGGAUAUGACAAUGUGACUGCCGAACAAGCCAAGAUGUCUGGCAUGUUCCCUCUCCCCGGCGCCCCUCGUCAGCAACAGAUGGAUCCCAGUCGACUACAGGCCUUUAUGAACCAGCCUGCCAAUGCUGCUGCUUCUACAGCGCUCAAAACAUCGAACUCUCGCCAAUCAAAACGAUUGUUCGUCUACAACAUCCCUGCGGCCGUCACUGAAGACGGCCUGCAACAAUUUUUCAACCUGCAAUUGAACGGCCUCAACAUCGUCAAAGGCAGUGACCCAUGCAUCCAAGCCAACAUCGCCGAAGACCGCAGCUUCGCAUUGGUCGAGUUCAGACAACCCUCCGAUGCCACAAUCGCGUUGGCUUUGGAUGGCAUUACCAUGGAAGAACAUCAUAACGAGGUCAACGGUAAUGGCAAUGGCAAUGCAGAUGUCAAAGGCUUGGAUAUUCGCCGCCCCAAGGACUACAUCGUGCCUACCGCUGACGACGAUGCCUACACCGACGGCGACGUGUCCUCCGAAGUUCCAGACACUGCUAACAAGAUCUCCAUCACCAACCUCCCCCCAUACUUGACAGAUGAGCAAGUCAUUGAGCUGCUCAAGUCCUUCGGCGAUUUGAAGGCAUUUGUGCUCGUUAAAGAAGAGCAUGCGCAGGAGUCACGGGGAAUCGCUUUUUGUGAAUAUGUCGAUCCUUCAACGACAGACAUUGCAGUUGAAGGUCUGAACGGCAUGGAUCUAGCCGAGAAUAAGAUUAAGGUCACCAGAGCCAGUAUCGGCGCCACACAAGUCUCAGGUCUAGAGAUGGGCGUUAAUGCCAUGUCCAUGUUCGCCGGCACCACCUCUGAAGGCUUUGAAGAAGGCCGAGUGCUACAACUGCUCAAUAUGGUCACCGCCGAAGAACUUGUAGACAAUGAAGACUAUGAAGAAAUCGUCGAAGACGUCAUGGAAGAAUGCUCCAAGUAUGGCAAGAUCAUUGCCCUCAAGAUUCCACGCCCUUCGGGCGGUAGCAGACAGUCAGCCGGCGUUGGCAAAAUUUACCUCAAGUACGAAGACGCUGCCUCUGCUAAAAAGGCUCUCCAAGCCCUUGCUGGCCGAAAGUUCGCCGAUCGAACAGUCGUUACAACCUACUUUGAUGAGGCUAGUUUUGACGUUAGUGCUUGGUGAUCACAGGUGGGGAUGUGCUUCUCAGAAAUCCUUUUUUGUCGAAGGAUGAGAACAGCACGCCUCCAUCGGCUUGAUCGUCAGUCUGCGCAUCUGGGAGAACCUAACCAUUCCUGCAGCUGUGGAGGGCUUUUGACCUUUCCGACUUCCAAGCGGAUACCUCGCCGGCUGUCACGGCCAGACCGCCACAAGGGACAUCAAUGCGUGGGCUUCGCUGUCAAGACCAGGUUGUCUGGAGACUGGAGUUAGUGCCAUGAUUUCACAACCAUCUCUCUGUGGCCCGAUCCCCCUCUCCAGCAUCGACACAAAGCUGCCAAUCUGGGACUUAGCCCAUUGACGAAAUUGAGGCUACAAUGUGUAUAUGACCCCUCGCCUGAGCUCUUCCAGCUCUCUCUUGAACCCUGGCCGGAACUUGAAAUCAUUCAUCACCUGUCUUCUAGGAUCUCAGCACAUGUUGUUGAGAUGACUCAUUCAGAGUCGUCAUUGUUGAAUUCGGACUACGAUUGUAUUAUAGUUUGCAAAAGUCGCAAUUGCCAACAGGCUCAAAAGGUUUAGCAAAACCAGCAAAACCAGAUUAGAGCCCGGGAGAGAUGGCGUUUCUUAUUACCAUCGAUCCUCGUUAACGUUUGAAUGCACUUGGUUGCCUGGUCCUCAGACCUCCGAAUGUACGGACGUGUAAGCCUAGGACAUUUAGGAUCAAUUACAAAAGCAAGUGAUUUACUCAUCAAUUCUGGAUUGGAUGUUUUGGUAGGAUA